AUGGAGUCGCGUGGACCUCCUCGAGUCAAGAACAAGGCCGCCGCGCCUGUGCAGAUCUCGGCCGAGCAGUUGUUACGAGAGGCGGUUGACCGCCAAGAACUGCCGCUCCAGGCACCGACGACACGAUUCGAAGAUCUCGAAGAGCUGCACGAGUACCAGGGCCGCAAGCGGCGCGAAUACGAAAACUAUGUGCGGCGAUCGCGGACCAGUCUCAAGCCAUGGGCCCAGUACGCGCAAUUCGAACUGGAGCAGAAGGAGUUGGCACGGGCGCGAUCUGUAUUUGAGCGGGCGCUCGAUGUGCUGCCCAACAGCGUGCCUCUCUGGAUCAAGUACAUUGAGGCCGAAAUCAAGAACCGCAACAUCGCCCAUGCCCGGAAUCUGCUGGACAGAGCCGUCACCCGUCUACCGCGGGUAGACAAGCUCUGGUACAAGUACCUUUACGUCGAGGAGAUGCUUGGCAAUGUGUCUGGUACAAGACAAAUCUUUGAUCGCUGGCUUAAGUGGGAGCCAGCCGAGGAGGUCUGGAACGCCUAUAUCCGGCUCGAGAAGCGGUACAACGAAUACGAACGCGCCCGCGACAUCUUCCGGUCGUAUACGAUUGUGCACCCUUAUCCUCGGACAUGGAUCAAAUGGGCCAAGUUUGAAGAGGACUUUGGCACCAGCGAUCUGGUCCGCGAGGUGUUCCAGACGGCGGUCGAGUCGCUCGGCGACGAAUAUGUGGAUGAGAAGCUGUUUAUGAGCUAUGCGCGCUUUGAGGCCAAGCUCAAAGAAUACGAGCGGGCACGCGCCAUCUACAAGUUCGGCCUAGACAACCUACCACGAGCGCGGUCGAUGCUUCUGCACAAGGAGUACACGACAUUUGAGAAGCAGUUUGGCGAUCGGGAGGGCAUCGAGGAUAUUGUGGUGUCUAAGCGGCGAAGACAGUACGAGGAGCUGGUCAAGGAGAACCCCAAGAACUACGACGUCUGGUUCGACUGGGCCCGGCUCGAAGAGACGACGGGCGACUUUGACCGCAUCCGCGAUGUAUACGAAAAGGCCGUCGCGCAGAUCCCGCCGGCACAGGAGAAGCGGCUCUGGCGUCGGUAUAUUUUCCUGUGGAUCUUUUACGCUCUGUGGGAGGAGACGGACGCCAAAAACCCGGAACGGGCGCGGCAAAUCUACGACACCUGCCUGGGCCUGAUCCCACACAAAAAGUUCACGUUCGCCAAGGUGUGGCUGCAAAAGGCUCUCUUCGAGGUGAGGCAGGGGGAGCUGACUGCGGCACGCAAGACGCUGGGGCGGGCGAUUGGCAUGGCACCCAAGGACCGGCUGUUCAAGGGCUACAUUGAGCUCGAGAAGAAGCUGUUUGAGUUCCAGCGGUGCCGCACGCUCUACGAGAAGCACAUUGUCUACAACCCGGCCAACUGCAGCACGUGGAUUCAAUGGGCAGAGUUGGAGCGCGGCCUGGACGACCUCGACCGUGCGCGGGCCAUCUUUGACAUGGGCGUGAGCCAGCCGGUGCUAGACAUGCCCGAGGUGCUAUGGAAAGCAUACAUUGACUUUGAGGAGGAGGAGGGCGAGUACGAGCGCACACGGGAGCUGUACGAGCGGCUGCUGGAGCGGACGGACCACCCCAAAGUCUGGAUCAGCUACGCCCAGUUUGAGAUCAACAUUCCUGAGGCGGGUCCCGACGACGAAGACGAGGAGCAAGAGGAGGACGCGCCGGUCAGCGAGGAGGCCAAGGCGCGGGCUCGCAAAGUGUUUGAGCGGGCGCAUGACAGCUUCCGCGACAAGGAACUCAAGGCGGAGCGGGUGGCGCUGCUCAACGCUUGGCUGGCAUUUGAAAAGACGCAUGGCAGCGAAGAGGACGCGGCCAAGAUCCAGCGGCAGAUGCCGCGCCGGACAAAGAAGAAGCGGCGCAUGGAAGACGGCAGCUUCGAGGAGUACGUGGACUACGUGUUCCCAGCAGACGACCGGCAGGCCAAGAACCAGAUGAACCUGCUGGCGAUGGCCCAGGCGUGGAAGAAGACGGGCGGAACGGUCGCAGCAUCGGCACCAGCGGCCGCAUCCGAGGGCCCCGAAGCAGCCUCCAGUCCGUCUGCAUCAUCUGUGUCUUCGCGAGGGGAUGAUCGAGACGAGUAA